GUAAAAAUGGCGCUAUGCUACUUACUAUGGUUCGAUCCCAACUUUGAAAGAAGAACGACCUUUUGCAGCCAUGAGCGGUCGAUUGCAAGGCAAAGUCACUAUAGUCACAGGUGGUGGUGCUGGUUUUGGGCGCGGUAUCGUCGAAAAGUUUGUUCUUGAGGGCUCCAAAGUUCUCAUUUGGGAUAUCCAUCCAACCUCGGCAGAAGAACUGGCGAAGGCUUUACCUGAGAAUACUUGUGCAUCUUUCGUCGGCGAUGUGAGCAGGCUAGAAGAUUGGGAGAAAGCAUUGCAGAGUGUUUUGGACAAAUGGGGCGCGCUCGAUGUGGUGGUAAACAACGCCGGCGUUGUCCACGCGGCAACUCCAAGCAUUGAUCUUCCUGAGGAUGAAGUGGACCGCAUGUGGAGAAUCAAUGUCAAGCCCCUAUAUUUCAGCGCCAAAGUCUGCGUACCUUACUGGCGAGAGAAGAAGCGUCCCGGUUUGUUCAUCAAUCUAAGCAGUAUUUCGGCACCUCGCCCUCGACCAAAUGUUGUCUGGUAUGCUGCCUCAAAAGGCGCCGUGACCGCGGCAACGCGAGGUCUGGCCGCAGAAUUUGCUAAAGACGGCAUCCGGUGCAACUGCAUUCAACCCGUGGUAGGGGAAACAGCGAUGCUAGCUUUGGUCCAGGGCGGCACGGAUUCACCUGAGGGUCGAGCUGCUCUGACUGCAGGAAUCCCCUUGGGGAGAUUCACGCAGCCACAGGAUAUAGCAAAUGCAGCAUGCUAUUUAGCCAGUGAUGAAGCCACUUUUCUGACUGGCGUCUGCAUGGAUGUAGACGGGGGAAGAAGCUUGAACUAA